AUGACGGAAGCGUGGCAACAUGCAGUCUUUGCUGCCCGGCGAAAAUAUGAUGAUGAUGACACAACACAAGGCUCUGUCUUCGUCUAUACCAACAGUAACAAUACAAGAGGUCCCUUUGAAGGGCCCAACUACCACAUCGCUCCUCGAUGGGUUUACAAUUUGGCUUCGCUUUGGAUGAUCUUCGUCGUCUUUGCUUCCACGUUCACCAACGGCUUGGUUCUUGUCGCCACCUGGAAGUUCAAGAAAUUGCGCCACCCGCUCAACUGGAUAUUAGUGAACCUGGCAGUUGCCGAUUUGGGAGAGACUCUCUUUGCCAGUACUAUCAGCGUAUGCAACCAGAUUUUCGGCUACUUUAUCUUAGGGCAUCCCAUGUGCAUCUUCGAGGGCUACGUUGUGUCAGUUUGCGGUAUUACGGGUCUCUGGUCUUUGGCUGUGAUCUCCUGGGAAAGAUGGGUAGUGGUCUGCAAGCCUUUCGGAAACGUCAAAUUUGAUGCAAAAUGGGCCACAGCUGGUAUCGUGUUCUCCUGGGUGUGGUCUGCUGCCUGGUGCGCCCCACCCAUUUUCGGAUGGAGCAGAUACUGGCCUCAUGGGCUGAAGACAUCCUGUGGGCCUGAUGUGUUCAGUGGAAAUGAGGAUCCUGGAGUGAUAUCCUUCAUGGUUACACUGAUGAUUACCUGCUGUAUUAUUCCCUUGGGGGUUAUCAUUCUCUGCUAUAUUGCAGUAUGGCUGGCAAUCCGAUCAGUUGCCCAGCAGCAAAAGGAAUCAGAGUCCACCCAGAAGGCUGAGAGGGAAGUGUCAAGGAUGGUAGUCGUCAUGAUCCUUGCAUACGUCUUCUGCUGGGGUCCUUACACAUUCUUUGUCUGUUUUGGCACUGCAAACCCAGGGUAUUCCUUCCACCCACUGGCUGCAGCCCUGCCUGCUUACUUUGCAAAGAGUGCUACCAUCUACAACCCCGUCAUCUACGUGUUCAUGAACAGACAGUUUCGCAACUGCAUAUGGCAGCUCUUUGGGAAGAAGGUGGAUGAUGGCUCUGAAGUGUCUUCAUCAUCUAAAACUGAAGUCUCCUCAGUUUCAAAUUCAUCUGUAUCCCCUGCAUAAAAUGACAACAGAAAAACAGGCACGUGCCGGACUCAGAUCAUACCUGCUUUUUCUUCUGGUUUCUUAAUUUUUGUCCUUACAUGAGGUGAUCUACCUGGGGGAAACAAAAAGAAGCAACUCAAGAAAACCAUACAAUAAGUGCAAAUCUA